GUCUCUUACUUAAGUCCUCUGAUCGUCCCGCUGUCUCCUCACCAAACUCGGUUGCCGGGACGAAAUCGACUUCGUCGUGCGUCCCAUCAUCUCCAUCCCUCGCCACGAUGCCACCUUCGCCUCGGCCCGGCCUCGCGAUCGCCUCCUUGCUCGCUCUCCUCGCCCACCUCCUCCUCCUCCCCCAUACUCCAGCCACCGCCGUCGAGGUCUGCGGCAUCGUCUCCUGCCCCGGCUCCUCCGCUGCCGACCAGUUCCUGCCGCCCCCGUCGGUCCAAUUCCCCUUCCGGCUCGACCGCCAGCGGCGGAGCCACCGCUGCGGCUACCCGGGCUUCGACCUCUCCUGCACCCCCGGCGGCGACACCCUCCUCCUCAUCCCCGGCUCCGGCGAGUUCACCGUCAAGUCCAUCACCUACUCCCCGACCCAGAGCAUCACCCUCGCCGACCCGGACAGCUGCCUCCCGAGGCGCCUCCUCACAAACUUCUCCCUCGCGGGGUCCGUCUUCCGGCCCCUGGUCCCGCGGCAGUUCACCUUCCUGAACUGCUCCGAUGGCACCGACUUGUCCCCGCUAGCGUCGGAGGGGGUUCGGGCCAUGCCGGUCCCGUGCCUCAGCGGGAGCAGCUACACGGUGAUGUCGGUGCCGACCAAGCUCUACGACAGGGAUUCGUACCCCUGCGAGGUGAUGGAGACGGUGACGGUGCCGCUGCCGUGGCAGUUCUGGGUGGACGUCGAGGCUGUCAUAAGCUUGACGUGGGACGUCCCGAACUGCGGGUCGUGUCGGAACCGGGGCGGGCAGUGCGGCUACAAGAGCGAUAACAGUACGGAGGUUGGUUGCAGCAAUGCCGCACGAACCGGUUUAUCAAGAAGUGCCAAAUAUGGGGUCAUCCUAGGAGUGGGAGUGCCUGGGCUCUUAUGCCUUAUUGGGCUGGCGUCUUUCGUCUUCGGUAAGAACAGGGCCCAUGAUCAGCCCGUGCAAUCUGAUGCGACCGACGUGUCCAACUUGAUCGCCUCACGAAGUGCGGCUGUUUCGAUGGGCCUAGACAGGCCCACGAUAGAGUCUUACCCAAGAACCCAACUCGGUGAGAGCCGUCGCUUGCCCAAGCCCAACGACACCACGUGUCCGAUCUGCCUGUGCGAGUACCAGCCCAAGGAGACGCUACGAACCAUACCCGAAUGCAAUCACUACUUCCACGUUGACUGUAUCGACGGGUGGCUCCGGCUGAACGCCACGUGUCCCUUGUGCAGGUACUCGCCCGAAGAUCAGAGCUGAUAUCGUCUGGAUUUCCUGAUAGACCAGAUGUCUCAUUCUUUUUCGGAACCGUGAUAAUCUAUACGAGAUUCCAUUCUAGAACGCGACAAGAGCAAUACGUUCCUAAAUUUAUCAUGUUUUGUCUUCGUCUUCAUUGUUUGUACCAUCAGGAACCAUUAAUUUUGUAAUUUUGUGCUCAAUACCAUAUUGUAAAUACUUUACAUUCUUUUG